AUGGCAACCAACAUCACCUGGCACCCAUCACUCUCUCGCAGCGAGCGCCAGACCAACCGUAAACAGCGAGGCUUCACGCUAUGGUUCACCGGCCUGUCUGCGUCUGGAAAGUCUACCAUCGCAACUGCACUCGAACAGCAUCUCCUCCACCUAGGGCUAGCUGCAUACCGUCUGGAUGGUGAUAAUGUGCGAUUUGGAUUGAACAAGGACUUGGGUUUCUCUGAGGCGGAUCGCAACGAGAACAUUCGGAGGAUAGGAGAGGUUGCGAAACUCUUCGCUGACUCGGCGACCAUCGCCAUAACCUCGUUCAUCUCGCCAUACCGGAAGGACCGACAGGUUGCGCGCGAUCUGCACGCCGCGAAGAACGCCGCGAACCCAGAAGACGAGCCGCUGCCAUUCAUCGAGGUCUUCGUAGAUAUCCCACUCGAGGUGGCUGAGCAGAGAGACCCAAAGGGUCUAUACAAGAAGGCGCGAGAGGGAAAGAUCCCGGAAUUUACUGGCAUCUCAGCUCCGUACGAGGCACCAGAAUCGCCAGAGAUCCAUAUUAGAAGCGAUCUGAAGAGCGUUGAGGAAUCUGUGGUUGCGAUAGUCGACUACCUCAACAGCAAGGGGCUUCUAAAGUUGAACAGCUCUGACGGAAGAGGACUGGAGUAUUAA